AUGUUCCCUUUGAUGAAUCGCCCUAGUAAAGAAGGUAACAAAAGAGGAACGGGCAAGUAUGGGAACAUCAUCGACAUGAACUGUGGGCCUGAGAAUAAUUUCUUCCCCGAUCUAUCCGUGAUUCCAAGGACCGAUAUCAUUUUCUUUUGUUCUCCAAACAAUCCCAUGGGCCAUGCCGCAUCUAGGCAGCAACUAAAGCAACUGGUUGAGUUUGCAAAAUCCAAUGAGUCGAUCAUAGUUUAUGAUUCCUCAUAUUCUGCUUAUAUCAGAGAUAUAAGCCCCAGGUCGAUCUUUGAGAUUCCUGGUGCCAAAGAGGUUGCCAUUGAAAUUUCAUCCCUCUCCAAAUUUGCUGGUUUUACAGGAGUGAGACUUGGAUGGACAGUGGUCCCUGAAGAGCUCAAAUACUCCAACGGAUUCCCUGUUAUAAAGGAUUUCAACCGCAUUGUUUGCACUUGCUUUAAUGGCGCAUCAAGUAUUGCUCAGGCUGGAGGCCUUGCAUGCCUUUCAACCAAUGGCUACCAGGCACUAUGUAAUGUCAUUGACUACUACAUGGAGAAUGCGAAAAUUAUGGUUGAUGGAUUUGAAUCACUUGAUUUGAAUGUGUAUGGUGGGAAGAAUGCACCAUAUAUAUGGCUACACUUUCCAGGAUCAAGUUCCUGGAGUGUAUUCACUGAAAUUCUCAAGAAAACAAACAUAGUGACAGUUCCAGGCAGGGGAUUUGGUCCUGCGGGCGAAGGGUAUAUUAGAAUCAGUGCAUUUGGCCAAAGAGAACACAUUUUAGAGGCUUCAAGGCGACUCAAAUUGUAUCUAUAUGUGCAAUUUGAUUUCCAAAAAGAUGAAAGAGGAAAGGGGGGGGGGAAUUUAAUCUCUAUAUUACAAUGA